AUGAGCAGAACCGGCCCUCCAGAUAUUCCACAGAUGGGGAAUUCCACGGGCAACACAAGUUCCGGAACAAUUUCUAGAGAAAGCAAUCCCUCUAGCGGUGGAUCUAUUAAUCGUGGACGUGGACGGGGACGUGGAGCAUUCUCUACCGCGGGAGCGAGAUCACGAAACUCUGAGGGGCCGACGGCAUCCCCACAGGACGCACCCGAGGGCCCAAACUCUGCUAUAACGAUAUCAAACUCUUCCAUAUCUGCAUCAGAACAGCAACGCGGAAUAACUCAAACAGACAGAGGUGCACAUGGAACUGGUAGAGGUAAAGGGCGAGUCAGGGGAGGGGGCUGGGGGAGGAACAGGAACAACAUCACCGAGGAACCGAGUCAUACUGUUAACGCUGGUGCGACAAAAAAUGCACAACAGGCUCGUCCAACACAUUUUCUCGCAUUACCCCUUCACAACCAUUCUACUCUCCGAGAGAAGGUAGCAGAAUUCCAGGCCUCAUUGUUCGAAUCUCCAUCGGUCAAUGGCGACCAGGGCUCAACUGCGGCUGUGGAUGCCUCUAAACCACGCUCAGGAGGCAUGAGUGAUUCCAAAGCCGCGAUUCCAAACACGACUACUCCGUCAUCUCACCAAAAAGGUAAAGGAAGGGCCCGAAAGCCAGUCGUGACGUCGCCCACCGUUGCAGGACUUGAUACGAGCAUCGUCAUCGAUCCACGUCGGAUGCACAUGACGCUUGGUGUGAUGGCGCUGAGUACUGAAAAGAGCGACGACCUUGCUCCUGAGGAGACUGGCGAAACAUCCAAGACCGUUGAAGCAAACCCAUCCCUCGCAUCCACUUCUGCACCUUCCAUCCCAAGUGUAGAUGCUGCCCAGCCCAUUGCAGGACCCAGUGAAGAAACCUUUUCCUCACCGCCCGAUGUGUCUAAUAUUCACUCGACCUCUCCCCCACCCACAACUGAGCCCAAGACAGUUUCCAGCGCACUCUCGUUGCUCGCUUCGCUCAAACCUCGUAUAUCGGAAAUAUUAAAUGGAUCUAAAGGCGUAUUAGUACCAUUGGAGGAGUUAGAUGUUCUAAAGACGUCGCGGAUGCCUGCAUCGGUUAAAGCGAAUACCGAGUUGACGCUGGAUGAUGACUCCAGGGUGGGAGCUGGCGUGCUGUUCAUUGGUCCUCGGAAUGAGGCGUACACACAAGAGAACGAAGAUCGGGAAGAACGGACAAAACUGAUGGAGGUCUGUGUGCUGGUCGAUUCUGCGUUCAGAAAGGCGGGGUACAUUACGGACAGACGCCCGUUAAAACUACACUGUACAAUAUUAAAUGCAAGCCACCACAAGCCCCCGAAACGCCUACCUUUUUGUUACUCGGAUAUUCUUCGCUCUCCUGCAAUUUCCUUGAUCAGCAGUACUCCUAGUUCUUCAUCGAUACCGCUUGUCCCUGCCGAUAUAUCCAAUCAGGGCACUGUAUCUAUUAACCCUCCUCUCGAGACGGUGGACUCAGAAUAUUUAGACGUGAAAUCUAAUGAGGAACAAGAUUUCCCAAUCACGAACCUUGUUUCAUCGGAUCCUGCGCUGCCAUUCACAUCGACAAACACCCCCUCCCCUCCUCCACAUCCAAAUCCCAACACCACGAAAGAAGUAUUCGAGGGCGAAGAUAAACAGCCGACGCGCAUCCGUCCACAACCAUUGCAGGUCCCUCCACCUCUUCUUACCAACCUGGGAGCGUACCGCGUUCAUGAAAUUCAGCUCUGGGAGAUGGGGAGUCAUGGCCCAAACAAUGAAUAUGUUAAUUGCGGUGGGAUUGUACUGGAGUAA